AUGGUUCGCUUCAGCAACAACGUCAUCGGACUCCUCAACUUCCUCACCUUCCUCCUCUCCAUCCCGAUCCUGGUGGCCGGAGUGUGGCUGAGCAAGCAGGGCAGCUCCGAAUGCGAGCGGUGGCUGGAGAAGCCCGUGAUCGCGCUCGGCGUUUUCCUCAUGAUCGUCUCACUCGCCGGCCUCAUCGGCGCGUGCUGCCGCGUGUCGUGGCUCCUCUGGGUCUACCUCCUCGUCAUGUUCUUGCUCAUCGUUGUUCUCUUCGCAUUCACCAUCUUUGCCUUCGUUGUCACCAACAAGGGCGCUGGUGAGGUCGUGUCUAACAGAGGCUAUAAGGAGUAUAGGCUCGGGGAUUACUCUAAUUGGUUGCAGAAGAGGGUGAACAACGCUAAGACGUGGAACAAGAUCAAGAGUUGCUUGCAGUCUGGGAAAGUCUGCUCUGAAUUCCAAUCCAAGUUUCUAAACGACACCGUUACUGAGUUCUACGCUGAGAACCUCUCCGCGCUUCAGUCUGGGUGUUGUAAGCCUGCAGAUGAGUGCAAUUUUACCUAUCAGAAUCCAACGACCUGGACAAAAACCGCAAAUGCUACUCUGAACAAUCCGGACUGUGAUGCUUGGAAUAACGACCCCAAUGUUCUGUGCUUUGCCUGCCAAUCAUGCAAGGCUGGCUUACUGCAAAACAUCAAGACUGAUUGGAAGAAGGUGGCUAUUGUUAACAUCAUAGUCCUGGUCUUCCUCAUUAUUGUCUACUCCAUAGGCUGUUGUGCUUUCAGGAAUAACAGGAAGGAGAAUUGGAAGGGAUAUUAG